AGUGACUCGCAGCCGCUGCGGUGACUCUGGCUCCCAGGCUCCUGGCGAGAUCCCCGAGCCCCGGCGGCUGGUGCUGGGAGCCCGGAGCCCUGGCUGCAGCCGGGAGAGGGGAAUCUCCAGCAGGGCCCUUCCCGCUGCUCCCCAGGAGCCUCUCCCAGGGCAGAGCCCCCAGCCCGGCCCGGCCCCUGCCCCGGGGGGCCCCGCUCGGAGGGAAGGCUGAGGAAUCACGUCCACUUGUCGCUCCAGAUCGUCCCGUCUUCCAGAGGACAGGGAAGGGAAAUGUCUGUGAUGGAGCCAGCACAGAUGCCGGUGACCUUCGAGGAGGUGGCUGUUUAUUUCACCCAGGGGCAGGGGGCUCUGCUGGACCCUGCUCAGAGAGCCCUCUACAGGGACGUCAUGCAGGAGAACUACAAGAUGGUGACUUCACUGGGAUUUCCCAUUCCCAAACCUGACCUGAUCGCCCAACUGGAACGAGGGGAAGAACCGUGGGUCCCGGAUCUCCAGGCCACAGAAGAAGGGGAGAGCCCGAGAAGCACCCGCACAGCAGGUGAUAUGACAGUGAGUAAGAACAAGGAGGAAAUUCAGCAGCAGGAAGGUCCUGAGCAAGUGAAACUGCAGGAGACGUUUUUGAGAAGAGCUGAAGGGAAUUUUUCCCAGUGCUUGGAACAGGGCAAAGCCUGGGGAAAUCGGUGCAGGUCUGAGAGCCAGCUGAGAAACUACUUCAUUUUUUGGGUGGAUGAAUCCAUUCAAUAUGGGGGAGGAUGCAAAGAUCCCAAGGAAACCACAGCCCCACAAACAUAUCACCAGGAAGAGAAACCCUAUAAACGCCUAGAGAAUAGGAAAAGAUUCAGUGUGAGUAGAAACCUUGUUACAUGUUGGAGAAACCACUCCAGCGAGAAACCCUAUAAAUGCUUGGACUGUGGGAAAACCUUCAGUAAGAACUCAGACCUUAUUAAACACAGAAGAAUGCACACAGGGGAACGACCUUAUAAAUGCCUGGACUGUGGGAAAACCUUCACUCAGAGCUCACAUCUUAUUACACACCAGAGGUUGCACACAGGAGAGAGACCUUAUAAAUGCCUUGAGUGCGGGAAAGGAUUCAACGUGAGAUCAAACCUUAUUAAACAUCAGCGAAACCACACGGGAGGGAAACCGCAUAUUUGCUUGGAUUGCGGGAAAUGUUUCAAUCACAGCUCCUACCUUAUUACGCAUCAGAGAGUGCACACGGGAGAGAGACCCUAUAAAUGUCUUGAGUGUGGGAAAAGUUUCAAUCAGAGCUCUAGUCUUAUCACACAUCUGAGAACCCACACGGGAAAUAAACCCUAUCAGUGCCUCGACUGUGGGAAAAGCUUCAAUGUGAGAUCACAACUUAUUAUUCAUCAGAGAAUCCACACAGGCGAGAGACCUCAUAAAUGCUUGGACUGUGGCAAAAGCUUCAGUCACAGCUCACACCUUACUAAGCAUCUGCGAAUUCACACAGGAGAGAGACCCUAUAAAUGUCUUGAGUGUGGGAAAACUUUCAAUCAGAGCUCACACCUUAUUAUGCAUCAGAGAACCCACACGGGAGAGAGACAUUAUAAGUGCCUCGAAUGUGGGAAAAGUUUUGUUCGGAGAUCAGCCCUUAUUACGCAUCAGCGAAUCCAUACGGGAGAGAAACCCCAUAUAUGUUUGGACUGCGGGAAAAGAUUUAGUCAGAGAUCAGCCCUUAUUAGACAUCAGAGAAUCCAUACGGGAGAGAAACCUCAUACAUGCCUCAACUGUGGGAAAAGAUUCAUUCAGAGAUCACACCUUAUCACACAUCAGACAAUCCACAAGGGAGAGAAAACCCAUAAAUGUUUGGACUGCGGGAAAAGCUUCAAUAACAGCUCCUACCUCACCAAACAUCGGAGAAUCCACAAGGGUGAGACACUCUAGAAACACUUCAAUGGUAGAAAAGAUUCAGUGGGAGCUCUCACAUUUUUAUACAUCAAAGAAUUCCCACAAGAAAAGACUUUUAAAAAGACUUUUAAUAAAAUUAGUACCUAAAACGCGUGAAAACAAGAAAAAGAAAUGACAGAUUCGAGCCUGUAGAAGAGUUGAAAGUCACUGAGCGGAGAGUGGAUGCGGUUCCAGGGUUCCUAGCCAAUUGCUCAUUAGGAGCACAAUUAGAAUUGCCCCUCGCUAACAUUAAAAUCUCACUUCUCCAACAGUGUGAUAAAAGAGCACCCAAGCUCGGAAAAAUCCCACACACCUGGUCUUUCCCUACAGUAGCAGCACAGACUGUCUGGGAUCCUGCUGCAGCAGGUAGAAGACCAGGAGUACUUGUGGCACCUUAGAGACUAACAAAUUUAUUUGAGCAUAAGCUUUCGUGGGCUAAAACCCACUUCAUCGGAUGCAUGCAGUGGAAAAUACAGUAGGAGAUAUCUAUCUAUAUAUCUAUCUAUAUAGAUAAUAUAUAGAUAUACACACAGAGAAUAUGAAACAAUGGGUGUUACCAUACACAUUAUAACAGUGGUCCCCAACCUUUCUGUGGCCAGUAGCACGUUCAUGUUUUCAGAAGAGUGUGGCGGGCGCCAACAAUUUUUUCAAGGCUUAUUUUGUAUUUGUACAUUAAAUAAUAUGAAAAACAUCAUAUUUAAUAUUACAUAAUAUAUGAAUCCAGAGAGAAGCCGGAGACAAGCCGCAAGGACAGAGAACACCGGCACCCGCAGCCCCGGAGUUCUCUGUCCUCAGCAGGCGUAGGGCCGCGACUUCUCCCCAGCUUAAGCCCCUGGCCCCUGACUGCCCCCCAGGACCUCCUGCCCCUUAUCCAACCCUACCCCUCCCCACCUCCUUACCAUGCCACUCAGAGCACCAGGACUGGCAGCCAUGCCGUCCGGCCGGAGCCAGCCACGCCGCCGCGCAAUCUAGAGCACCAAGGCAGGCCAGCAGAUCUCACAGCCGCACUGCCCAGUAGGAGCUCGCAGCCCCGCCAUCCAGAGCACUGGCAGGGCAGUGAGCUGAGGCUGCGGGGGAGGGGAGCAGUAGGGGAGGGGCCACCUCUGAUUUAGAUGGGAAAUGCUUCCGGGACGGGACAAUCUCUCCAUGUAUAUGUACAGUGCCUGGCACCGGGGGGCCAUGAUCUCAGGCACAGUCCCUAGGUGCUACUCUCAUGUAGACAACAGUAACCCCCUGUAACAUCACAGGACCGUUCAUUAUCUAUAAAUGGGCCCAGAGGAGCGCAGGGUAGUCAGGUCGGCUAGCUUCCUCGACAAACUGCAGCUCAUGCCUGGCUUGAAUUCGGCUCUGCAUUCACCAACAGAUGAUAUGGCAAAGUGGUAAAAGACUCAGGUUGGGGGCCUGCCGACCCUGUCUCUAUCCAUAUGAAUUCAGUGGGUGCUGACUGACACAGAGAGACCUGUCCGAGCACCGCCAGCUGCAUAGAGUCUUGCUGUGACAUUGCCUGCCCCAGCAACAAUAAUACAUUCUUGUGUUCCUGUCGAAAGCAGCAUGUCUAAUGGUUAGAGCAGGAACGGGCUGGGAUUCAGGACAUCUGUUCCUGGAUUUGCCACUUGGGUGAGUCACUUUGCCACCUGUCAAAUGGGAGAAUCGAUCGAGACUUGCGAACAUGCUGUCAACCUACCGGAAGCCCUCAGACAGACACGUGCAAUGUUGGGAUGGGAUUUAAAGCACAAUUUGCAUCCAGGAGAGCUGCCCCAUGGUGCCUUAGCAGGCACCAAGCGUGAUGCUGGAACAAGGUCAGCAGAGAACAUUCUACUGAUGAAGCAUGUGGGGCGUAUGGGUGUGUCAGAGCAGCGCUAAAUGCCUUCUCGACUAUCUGGAGGGGCCAGAUCCCCAGGCUCUGUUGACUUCAAGGGAUGUACGCCAAUUUACACCAGCUGGGCUCUGGCCCUCGGUCCCUGCGUUUGAGUGACUCAGAACUUUCCCAGUGUUUCCCUCCGACUCUGACAUUUGCUUUGUCUCGGUCCCAGAGCGGAUUGGUGGUUCUUUUUUUGCCAAGUGGGCUCCAGUGUUCUUGGUCCCAGGCAGGUGCAGGACCACGGCUUAAGCCGGAGAGAAGCCGCGGCCCCGCGCCUGCCAGGAACCAAGAACACCAACGCCUGCAGCCCCAGAGUUGUCUGUCCCCGGCAGGCGCGGAGCCACAGCUUCUCUCCCCUGCUGGGCACUAGGCGUGCCCCACGCCUGCCAGGAACAGAGAACACCGCGCCCGCAGCCUGAGUUCUCUGUCCCCAUCAGAUGUGAGGCCACGGCUUCUCUCCUCUGCUGGGCACUAGGCGGGCGCGCAUAAAUGCCCCGGUGGGUGCCAUGGCGCCCACGGGCACCGUGUUGGGGACCACUGCAUUAUAACAAGAGUAAUCUGUUAAGGUGAGCUAUUACCAGCAGGGGAGGGGGGGAACCUUUUUGUAGUGGUAAUCAAAAUGGUCCAUCUCCAGCAGUUGACAAGAAGGUGUGAGGAGCAGUGUGUGUGUGUGGGGGGGGGAAUAAACAUGGGGAAAUAGUUUUACUUUGUGUAAUGACCCAUCCACUCCCAGUCUUUAUUCAAGCCUAAUUUAAUGGUGUCCAGUUGGCAAAUUAAUUCCAAUUCAGCAGUUUGCCAUUGGAGUCUGUUUUUGAAGUUUUUUUGUUGUAAUAUUGCGACUUUUAGGUCUGUAAUCAAGUGACCAGGGAGAUUGAUGUGUUCUCCAACUGGUUUUUGAAUGUUACAAUUCUUGACGUCUGAUUUGUGUCAUUUAUUCUUUUGCGUAGAGACUGUCCAGUUUGGGCAAUGUACAUAGCACAUUGGUAAAUGUGCAGUUGAACAAGCCCCUGAUGGCUUGGCUGAUGUGAUUAGGUCCUAUGAUGGUGUCUCUUGAAUAGAUAUGUGGACAGAAUUGGCAAGGGGCUUUGUUGCACAGAUAGAUUCCUGGGUUAGUGUUUUUGUUGUGUGGUGUGGUUGCUGGUGAGUAUUUGCUUCAGGUUGGGGGCUGUCUGUAAGCAAGGAAUGGCCUGUCUCCCAAGACCUGUGAGAGUGAUAGAUCACCCUUCAGGAUAGGCUGUAGAUCCUUGAUGAUGCGCUGGAGAGGUUUUUGUUGGGGGCUGAAGGUGAAGUGUAUUUUCCACUGCAUGCAUCCAAUGAAGUAGGUUUUAGCCCACGAAAGCUUAUGCUCAAAUAAAUUUGUUAGUCUCUAAGGUGCCACAAGUACUCCUGUUCUUUUUGCUGAUACAGACUAACAUGGCUACUACUCUGAAAUCUGUCAUUAUGCUGCAGCAGGGUCCGUCUCCCAGCAGCUCACUGGGCAUCUGGUAGGGUGUGCCUGAUUGAUUGCACUUCCUGAUUGAUGAAGGGGUGGAACUAGCUACUACCUGACCCAGCAGCAGCUGGGGCUCGCUGGAAGCUCAAUGCGUUCCACGCUUGCAGCUGCAUUUGGUCCUGCUUCUUGCUUUCUGCUUCUCACCAGUCUGCUCUUGGGCCCAGCUGCCUGCUUCAGUUCCUGUCCUUCUCCAUCUUUGCAACCCUUGGCUCUGCUUCCUGAAUAUGCUUCCGGCUCACUCAUUGACUCUGGCUUUCAGCUUUUGAUCCCUGCCUUUCACCCUUGGCUCUGUGAUGGAUGUAGGGAACAGAUAUGCCUUUGAAUGAUUAAUAGUUACUGGUUCUUUCUGGCCCUCAGAAAAAUAGAAAAGGCCACCUCUGUUUAUCCCAAAAUAGGAUCCACCUAAGAAGUAAAGACAACAAAAAAAUGGUUCAUAUUAUAUGACACACCUUGUCUAAGAACCCGUAGAUCAGCCAAGGUUGGGAUUUCCUCUCCCCAAGAAUAGAAACUGAAAUGUCUAAAUCAGAGUACUGUUAAUCAGCUAGGCAAGAAUAUCUCAUUAUUUGCUUAUGUAUAUACCUCUUUCUCCCUCCCAGCCUAGCUAAAAAGAACUCUAAGUUACCAAACUAUGGUUACACCCUGCUUGCCUUUGCAAAAUGUUUUCGCCCCAAAGUGUAAACUAUACAUUGUUUUCCUUGUAAAUCAAAUAUACUGUGCGUCAUCUUUCAUCCCAAAUUAAAAUCCACACGUGUUUGCGUUGUGAUUGUGACUCAGAUCUACAGCCUUCUGUAGGUGGAAAAUGUCUCUUGUUCUGUUGUAUGUCCUAAAUAAGGUGAAAUGCUUAUGUACAAUCAAAGAAUGUAUGGAGCAUGUCCUCUAAAUUUAGAAGAGUAUAAAGGUUCUGUUGGGUUUCAUUGUAAAUGUUGCACUCUGAGAAUUGUCUGGCUCAAGGAAGAAGAAAUGUAAAAAGAUAUAAACCAGGGUAUCACUUUGGGAUAUUAAGAGAAAUUGGUUAAAAGGGGGUGUCGCAAUCGAUAGAAGGGGCUAAUGAUGAAAUACAAUCCUUGUAAUGAAUCAAAUGUAUAAAGCCUCUGAUAAAAAAAAAAAAAGGACUGAAGAAAUUUGUGAUACACUGACGCCACCUACUGGAUACCAAUAGAAGCAGCAAAGGGAAAACCUAAGUGCUUACUUGACCUGAGUCCGAUAGGAAUGUGUGUGUGGCCCUUUUCUAUAAGCCCUGAAAUUACGGUAUAUAAACUGAAGUCGCCACAUGCUGAAGAGAGUUGACUGAACCCAACAAGAAAGUGAAAAUCCUAAGAACGACUCACUCCCGGACCAGACAUGUGGAAAGAACUCUUCCCCCAGCCCAGGAUUAUAUGGAUAAGAAGUGGUGAGAUUUCAUUUCAAGGAUUGUAUUUCACCUUCUGUUCUUUCAUAUAAAUUACUGUGAGUUAUCUUGCUGAGUCUGUGCUCUCUAAUGAGACAUCAAGUAACCAUAUUUUAACUUCUUUGUAAGCCCAAGCAAAUUGGCCUGACAGAUUGAAAAGAACUGCUUUUAGCAAUUGUUUUUAAUACUCUAAACUUGUCUCUUUCAGACCAGUCCAGUCAAACUGUACUAACCACAUUCUUCAAAGUGCCUUGCAGACAAGUGCACCCUGGGAAGUGUGAUAAAUGUGUUAGGAAUUUAGAAUUGAUGGUCACAAGUCAAUGUAAUCAGAAAUCUUGGUACUUUGUUCCUUGAUAGAACUGCUGAGCCUCAAUGUUAGCCUGUGAGAAUUGCUUGCAAGACUGUAUUGUGUGUGUUGUAUACACCUAGCACUUUGAUUGUGUCUGCACUUUGGUGGCGAACUGCUGAUUGUAUAUUGAUGUGACUCUGGGUGAAUUAAUAAAUUGUUGUUUGGUUGAGGAUA